UGUCGAGCCAUACUCGUCCUAUUAUCGAACGGACGGCUCUUAAACUGCGGGGACAGCAGGUAACGAUGUCGUCGUCGUCGUCUUCUCCUUCUCGAAGCUCGGAGAUCAGACGAGAUGCCGUUUUCGACCGUUGGGUCGUCUUCUCUCCGGCCAGGGCUCGCCGCCCCUCCGACUUCAAAUCCCAGGCCCCGGCUUCCAACCCUAACCCUAAGCCCAAUCCUAAUCCAACGCCUUCUUGCCCCUUCUGCAUCGGCCGCGAGAGCGAGUGCGCGCCCGAAAUCUUCCGCCUGCCUCCCGGCGGCGGUGCCGCGUGGAAGAUCCGGGUCAUCGAGAACCUCUACCCCGCCCUCCGCCGGGACGCGGAGCCCCCGGUCCCCGGCGAUACCGCCGACGCGGCCGGACCGGUGAGGCUCUCGCUGCCCGGGUUCGGGUUCCAUGACGUGGUGAUUGAGACCCCCUACCACUCCGUCCACCUUCCUGACCUCUCGCCGCAGGAGGUCGGCGAGGUCUUGCUCACCCACAAGGAGCGGAUUCUCCAGCUCAAGCGCCAUGGAUCCAUCAAGUACGUGCAGGUGUUUAAAAAUCACGGGGCAUCUGCUGGAGCAUCAAUGAGUCAUUCACACAGUCAAAUCAUGGGCCUGCCCUUGAUACCUCCAACAGUUGCUGCCCGGCUUAAUAGCACGAAGGAGUGGUUUGAGAGGACUGGGAAGUGUAGCCUCUGCGAGGUCUGGUCUGAGGAGAUUUUGAUCAAUGAAACGGUGCAUUUUUCUGCAAUUGUUCCAUUCGCAGCCUCAUAUCCCUUUGAAAUGUGGAUUGUACCUCGGGAUCACUCCUCUCAUUUUCAUGAUAUAGAUGGUGAGAAGGCUGCGGAUCUUGGCAGUUUGCUAAAACUAAUGCUUCGCAAGUUGUCCAAGCAGCUGAAUGACCCACCCUACAACUUCAUGAUUCACACUGCACCACUUGAGCUUCCACCAUCUUGCUCACCGUAUAUGCACUGGUUUCUUCAGAUCGUGCCUCAGUUGAAUAGGCUAGCUGGGUUUGAAAUGGCAAGUGGAUGUUUUAUCAAUCCUAUCUUCCCAGAGGAUGCCGCAAAGGUCCUGAAAGAAGUUGAUUGCUCAAUAUAGUUAACUGGUAGUGUCUUCUGUUACGGUAUGGCCCAUAUGAUGGGAGUUAGUAUAUGGCCCUUUGAGUAGAGAGGAAGGUUAUUCUAAUCUAAUUGUGAGAUAAAUGGAAUAGCACAGGAUGAGUGCCAGAUAUUGUGCUGGCAUCUUUAAAGUAUCAUGCGAUAGCGACAUCUCCCUUGACCAAUCUUCAGAGUCUGAGGAACUCCUAAGUUACAUAUUUCAUAUGUAUUAUUCUAUACAAGUAGCUUUCUAGGCUUGCUUGUGGACAUGCUUACUGAAUAAUCUUGCUUUUAGAUAUCAUGAAUAAAAUUGCUUCCUGCGUCUUCUUGGUUAUAAAA